AUAGCCUCCCCUAAAAAGACACCCGUUUUCUAUGAGCGGCGGCGGCGUGGUGGCGGUGUAAGCGACGCGACACAGAAUCCCUGGCCAGCAGACAUGUCACACCAGACCGGGAUAAAAGCAAACGACGAACUGCUGAAUUUCUUCAGUAGUUGUCGUAAUGGGAAUGUUCGCGUCUUCAGAAUUACAAUUGAAGAUGGUACUGAGGCGCUGCAGCUGGGAGAGUAUUGCCCAGCUGAAGGGUCAUGGGAGGAUGACUAUGACAAACUGGUUGUGCCAUUACUCAGAGAGAAACAGCCUUGCUACCUCCUCUAUAGGUUAGACACUCAAGCUCACGGUGGUUACCAGUGGGUGCUAAUCAGCUGGUCACCCGAUGACUCACCAGUGCGAGAGAAGAUGUUGUAUGCCUCUACCAAGGCCACACUCAGGAUGGAGUUUGGUGCUGCUCAGAUCAGUGAUGAAAUCUUUGGCACAGUGGUGGAAGAUGUAAAUUUGAGUGGUCUACGGCGUCACAGAAAAUCUGCUGCGGCACCUCAGCCACUUACCAUGAGGGAAGAGGAGAUGCAAGAAAUAAAGAAACUGGAAGUUGGUGUAGACAUUGGAGUUGACACCAAGCAUCAGACCUUAGCUGGUGUAGCUUUCCCCAUUGUAACAAAAGGCCUAGAUGCUGUCAAGAAGUUUGCCAGAGGAGAGCUACAGUACGUCCAGCUCAAAAUUGAUACAUCUGCAGAAGAAAUUCAGCUGGUAGGUUCCGAAGCAAACUUACCAGUGACAGGACUGCCUGCAAAAAUACCUGACAAUGCUGCACGUUACCAUAUCUACCGGUUUGAUCACAACUAUGAAGGAGACUUUUUCCACAGUGUCUUGUUCAUAUACUCCAUGCCUGGUUAUGCCUGUCCAAUCAAGGAGAGAAUGCUCUACUCCAGUAGUAAAAAUCCAUUCAUAGAUCUCUUGGAGAAUGGGAUAAAUUUGGCCAUCACUAAAAAGUUGGAGAUAGGAGAAGGCCAGGAGUUAACAGAAGAGUACCUCUUAGAUGAAAUCCACCCCAAGGUUAACCUCCACCGUCCAAAAUUUGCAAAGCCAAAGGGUCCAGCCAACAGGGGUGCUAAGAGACUUACGAAAGCACCCAAAGACGAGGCAGCAACUUAGAAGAUUUGCUGUCAAUUUGAUAGCCCUGAGAGAACUUACGUUGGAGCUUUUUCUUCUUUUUCUUUUUCUGUUUCUUCCAGGAAGCAAAUACAAUUUGCAUAUUUGUGUAGAGACCCAAAGUGUGUUACCACUUCUUAGUCUUCAGUUGUGGGACCGGGUUUAAAGCUACAGUCAGAGUGCAUUCAUAAUUAGCUAGCAAGUCAUAGUGAAUACAAAGUGUCAGUUAUCUGCUCAUCUAAAUUAUUUUUGUUCAGAACCUGUAAAAGUGUACUGUCUAAGAAAUCUGGGCCACUGUCAGAAUCCAAGGUGGAAAAAAAAAAAGCUUUAACUGACUCUGUUGAACAGUUGUAUUUCAGAGUUGCCCAUUGUCAAGUGGUUUGUUACUUAAUAUGUAGUAAAAAAGAAAAUACCAGUAAUAUUUGUACACAUGGUUAAAGAGUAAACCAAAAAACUCUUUCAGUAAAAUGUAAGCUAAUGAUGAUGUCGGAAAGAGGCUCAAAUUGUAAUGCUUAAUCCCAAGUGCAUGGUUUUAUAGUUUCUUGUUGUCUUUGCUUUCCUAUUUUUGGGAUAUAAAUAUUGUCCUUGUGCAAACAUAGUGGAAAACCUGUAUGAGCUUGUGUGUUUCAGGUCUACUUUGGGGAUUUGUGAAAACUUUGGUCUUUAGUCUUUGAUUUAGUUACCUCUCUGCUGUAUUUAUUUGCAUUACGAGUAUUUCCAAACUGAAAUCAUUUGAGAUUAACAUACGUUACAUAGUUGAAUCAUUGAUAUCAGUAUAUUCACCCAGUUUUCCAUUAAAAACAAAUAUGAUUGCAAUAUAAUUCAGCAAGUUGGACAGUAUCAAUAAAAUGUAAGAUAUAUAUAAUACAAUGAAAAUAAUUUAUAGCUACAUCUAAUAAUAACAAUGGUAUCUAUGUCAGUUCCUCUGCAGUUCAGCAAAAUUCUUGUAGGUUGUUGGAACGGUUCUAUAUUUAUUGUUGUUUGAUGAACAAAUAUUUAUUGAUGCAUCCUGAAUGCAAUUUUUUUUUUUGACAUGCCAUUUUCUUGGUAAUGUCUGUGCCCAAUUCAUUAUCCCAUGUGGUCUUCUGCAGUGACACACUUUGUUGUAAAUAGAUCACUUUCUCCAUGACUAAGUUCUUCACUUUGUAACCUGCUGUAUUGCAAGGGAACUGCAACAUUCUUUGCCAUUAUCCUGUUUGGUGCAAAUGUAGAGUUGUGGUACAAAGAGUUCGCAAAUGAAUUGGAGAGUUGUGACUCCUUUUCCCUUCCCUUUCUGCAUCACCUACAGGAGUUUGCCAGUGAUACAUGAUUUUUAGACAUGAUGUCCAACAAUUUUAAGUUUCUAGUUCUCAUAGCUUACUGAUUACUCUGUUACAGAUAAUAUUCCUUGACCAAAAAGUAAAACUGUCACUAUUUCAAUAUUUCACCAAAAUUUGUGUUAGUAUUAUGAAUAUAUUUAAAUCUUUAGAAAAAAAAUAUUUUUAGAAGAGAUCUACUUUCUGCCUCUAUAAAUGGAGGUUAUUUGAUGUAAGUUCCCUCUUGCACAUUAAAUACACAGUUUUACCAUAGCUUAUCAUGUUUAUUUAGAUGAUUUACUUGCUCUCCAGCAACUUGUGAUAAAGCAUGACAGUUCCAGAUGUUUUACCUUUUCUGUUUCAGUGAAGAUUGUUAUUUCUUGGAAUUUUUAUACCGGUGAUUUUUGUCCUGUUUAAUUAUUGAUUUGCAGGUCUGCAUUUAUAAUCAAAGUAUUGUGAUGGUAUACCUUAGUAGGUUUACUUUAUGUGGGAGUAGAUGAAUUAUGUAUAGUUCCCUUUGAUUUAGUGAGUUCCUGAAAAACUGUGGUUGCAUGACUCCUGUUUUAUAGUUUACAACACACGUAGAUCACAUGUCCUGUCGUAGAUCUUGUACAAGGAAAGAGAAUCCAUAAACCUGCUCAAAUAUGUGUUUGUGUCGUGCAUAUUUGUAACUAGCAGGGUGUUGGGAGUGUUCUAUGAUUUUUCGGGUGUAUCACAGAUCAACAAAUUUAACAGGGUACAGCCAACCGCCAGUAGGGUGAGCGGCAAACAGCUUCAUGGUUGAGACAGAGGGGUAAAGUAACAUGUACCACUGCCAUGCCGAUCAGUAAAGAGUACAACCAGGUUUCAGUGCCACACAUACAAUAUAUAGUUGUCUUUUGUAUAGGACAUUUUUCUGGUGACACUUGAUCUCUGUAAUGCAUAACUCGCAUGUCCAUAUCAUAUUUGCAGUGGAGUGUUUGCAUGACUUUGCUAUUUAUUUAUAGAAAAAAAAAGACAUUUACGUGUUUGUUAAGAAUAGCAUUUUAUUUAUAGAUAUGUCAUUCCAAAGAAUUAAUGAAUUGGCAUAGAUUUAUGAAAAAGAUUGUACAGUGUGAGGAGAUGAUGCUGUUACUGUGAAUCUUAAUGUCAUGGUUAACUUGUACAAUGUGUGGAGAUGAUGAUGCUGUGAACUGAGUGUCAUGGUUGAUUAUUGUUAAUCAUUUUAUAAACCUAUGAAUUCUUA